AUGAGCGCCCCCGAAACACCACGCGUAGAUAACUUCUCGAGACCUCGAAAACCGAGCAUUAAACAACCUUACAACGAAUCACCUCGUACAAUGGCUACUAAUCAACUUCCAACCGAACCGAGCCAUCUCGAUAUCUCACCCAGCCACCCUCUAUCAUGGACACGAGAACGCGGUCAAUCCAUCUCGUCCAAUAUUUCCGCUGCUACAUUUUCCUCUGUUCCCGGGCGACCUCCUCCUGAAAUGCACAGUCGGGAGCAUCUUCGGAGCAGAGGCCGACAGCCACAUCCUCCACCCACGCGAUUCCCCUUAUCGUACAACCGUGCCGAAAGUACUGGGCCGAGUUUCUCUAGGGACCCCAUCCAUCGCAUGGCAUCUUUGCCGAGCGAGGAGCUCAGGUCAAGUUAUCGAUCCCAACUCUCGGCAUCCACGGCCCAGGGGACGGUAGCAACUGAGAGGAGUAGCGUCGCGACUAAGAGCAGUUCAAUAACCUCGGUCUACGGAGCGGCGGAUGAUUCGCUUAGUAUUAAUGAUAUAAUGGGAAUGUACGAGAAGGGCUUCUAUGACGACUCAGCUCCCGAGGACAAUAAUGAGAUGGUAGACUCAAGGCCGGGCACUGCAAAAUCAGAAUUAAGUAGGAGGAGGACUGCCAUGCUAGACGCGAUGACCGUCUUCCUACCAACUCCAGAAUCGCCAAGCGCGACCUCCGAUUCUGGUCAGAUCGAGCAGGACUCUGUUUCUAUUUCUCACGACCCUGACGAACGUGAUUCCUUGCUCGCAGAGGUGCCCAGAGAGGUAUCUGAGGAAGCAUCUGAGGAAGUAUUUGAGGAAGGGCCUGAGGAAGGACUUGGGGAUAUGUCUGAAGAGAUACUCGAGGAUAUGCCUGAGGAGAUGCCCGAGAUAUUGGAGAGCACCCAUUUGGAUUCCCGUUCUAUUCGUACUUCUACUCGAAAUUCCACUCGGAAUUCUGCUCGAGAUUCAACUCGGAAUUCUACUCAGACGGAUAGCGAGGCGGUUAAUAUAUUAAUCGACGUGGAUGCAGUAGAUGCGGGCGCCGAGACUGAAGAUGAUACCGAGGACGGCUACAGCCCCUUACCCCCCUCGCGCCACCCGACCGUGUCGACUAUUGCGGAGGACGACGACGAGCGAGAUCGCUACGGGUUUCGGAAGAGUAAUCAGUACGUUAACCGGGAACAAUACGAUAACUGGAACCAAGGAUAUACCGAAUAUCUAGACAGAAGGCGGAAAAAGUGGACCGCCUUUCUUAGGGAGCAUGGGUUGAUGACGGAUAAUCCUAACCGGUUCCCCCCUCGAUCUAACAAGACGAAGCGGUUUGUUCGCAAGGGAAUACCUCCCGAUUGGAGGGGUGCUGCUUGGUUCUAUUACGCUGGAGGGCCUGCUGUUGUCGCGAAGCAUGCCGGCCUGUACGAUGGCCUUUUGAAACAAAAAGCUAAGAAUGUGGACGUCGAGGCUAUCGAGCGCGACUUACACCGCACGUUUCCGGACAAUAUCAAAUUUCGCUCCGGCCCUGUUUCCGUCCCUGAUAGCAGCCAACAAGCGCUUGCGAAAGAGACCGAGGAUAUCAUCCCCGUUGCUGAGAAGCCGAUGAUCGUAUCUCUCCGCCGUGUCUUGCACGCCUUUGCCAUCUAUAAUCCCAAGAUCGGAUAUUGCCAGUCGCUCAACUUUUUAGCAGGCUUACUCCUGCUUUUCGUGGAAAGCGAGGAACACGCUUUUUGGUUACUAAAUAUCAUAGCCCGAGUAUAUCUUCCUGGGACGCACGAAACUAGCCUCGAGGGCGCGAAUGUUGAUCUCGGAGUGCUCAUGUCGUCGUUAAGGGAGUCUAUGCCUAACGUCUGGGCUAAGAUCGGAGGUGAGCUGGACGGUACGGAUGUCGUAUGGUCAAAGAGCUGGAGGCACAGACAUCGAGCCGAGACGACUCGGCUUCCGCCUAUUACCCUUUGUAUGACCGCUUGGUUUAUGAGUUGUUAUAUCGGGACUUUACCCAUCGAGAGUACUUUACGUGUAUGGGACGUUUUCUUUUACGAGGGAUCCAAGACGCUAUUUCGAAUCGCUUUAGCAAUCUUCAAGAUCGGCGAGAACGAAAUCAAGGGCGUGGGAGAUCCUAUGGAGAUCUUCCAGGUGGUGCAGACGAUCCCUCGCAGGCUUAUCGACGCCAACGGUUUAAUAGAAGCCUGCUUCAAACGUCGUAACGGUUUCGGUCAUCUCAGCCAAGAAACGGUGGAGCAAAAGAGGCAAGAAAGAAGGGUUCAAGUUAAAGCCGAGCGAGAAAAGCAGACAGGCAAUAUCGUCUCGAUAGAUUCAGACUUCAAGAAGAAAGGCAACCUUUUCGGCCGACGUAGAUGA